AUUAUCCACUCAGAGUGAUGUAAAAGCUGCAUCGACGACGAUGCAGCACGUCAAUGCUCUCUCGUCUUCUCACGGAACCCUAGUUCUCUCCUCUGGACUUCGCUCUUCCUUUCCUUCAUCCGCUCCAAUACGAUGUCGUUUCCCCAGGAAGCUCUCUUCCGAUGUUCCCCAAAAUCUCUCUCACAAACCAAAUCUCAAACGCCUCACUUCGCGGAUCGUUCAGCUCACUCGCAGGAGACAGCUCGACCAGAUUUUUGAGGAAAUUGAGAUUGCCAAGAGAAGGCAUGGGAAGCUGAACACCAUUGUGAUGAAUGCAGUUAUGGAGGCUUGUGUCCACUGUGGUGAUGUUGAUUUAGCUCUGAAGGUCUUUGAUGAGAUGACAAAACCAGAGAGCUGUGGGGUUGACAAUGUCACAUAUGGUACACUAUUGAAGGGAUUGGGUGAGGCACGAAGAAUUGAUGAUGCAUUUCAAUUACUUGAAUCUGUGGAACAAGGUACUGCUGUGGGAAGUCCGGAGUUAUCAGCACCUCUUGUAUGUAGUCUGCUCAAUGCUCUUACUGAAGCAGGAGAUCUACGCCGUGCUAAUGGUCUUUUGGCACGUUAUGGUUCUGUGCUUCAUGAAGAUGGCAGUCCUUCAAUCUUGAUGUACAACUUACUAAUGAAGGGGUAUAUAACUGCAGGUUUUCCAAUGGCUGCAUUAUCAGUGCAUGAUGAAAUACUACAACAAGGAUUAAAGCCUGAUAGGCUCACCUAUAAUACUCUAAUCUUUGCAUGUGUGAAGACUGAAAAGUUGGACACCGCAAUGCGUUAUUUUGAGGAAAUGAAGGAAAAUGCACAGAAAACCAUUGAUGUUGAUCUUUUCCCGGAUGCUAUCACUUACACUACAUUACUUAAGGGUUUUGGGCAUGCCAAGGAUCUCCUCUCAGUUCAAAAGAUUGUGAUGGAAAUGAAAUCAUCCAAUAAUUUAUUUGUUGAUCGAACUGCGUAUACUGCAAUAGUUGAUGCCUUGCUAAAUUGUGGCUCAAGUAAAGGUGCCCUUUGCAUAUUUGGAGAAAUUAUAAAGCGAGCUGGACAAAAUUUCAACCUAAGGCCAAAACCUCACCUUUAUAUUUCUAUGAUGAGUGCUUUAGCUGCUAGAGGAGAUUACAAUUUGGUCAAAAGUCUACAUAAGCGCAUGAGGCCAGAUUCCGCUGGAACUAUCUCUCCUGCAGUUCAAAUAGAGGCUGAUCAGCUUCUCAUGGAGGCAGCUCUGAAUGAUGGUCAGGUUGAUGCAGCUACACACCAUCUUUCAAAUAUUAUUACAAGAUGGAAAGGAAUAUGCUGGAGAAGUCGAGGAGGCAUGGUUGCAGUGCGUUUAGAGGCAUUGUUGGGCUUCACCAGAUCAAUGUUCAGUCCUUACCUACUUCCCCAGGUAUCACCAGCUGACCCAAUUGAGAAUAUCAUGAUGCCAUUUGAAGAAGCUCGGCCACUACUAGCUACCUUGGACUUGAAAAGAGUAGUGAUGCGUUUCUAUAAGGAUUCAGUUGUGCCUGUUAUAGACGACUGGGGCAGCUGUGUGGGGCUAUUGCACCGUGAAGAUUGUAGAGAGUUGGAUGCCCCAGUUUCGACAAUGAUGAGAAGCCCACCUCCUUGUGUUACAACCACGACAUCAAUUGGCCGAGUGGCUGAUCUAAUUUUGGAGAAGAGGUACAAAAUGGUUGUUGUCGUAAAAUAUAGCAAUUUAUAUGGUUCUUCUUACAGCUCAAGUUUGAGGGCAGUUGGAGUUUUUACCUCUGAGCAAUUGUUUAAGCUGGCUAUAGCAUCAGAGAUGCCAGGCCAAGAAUUUCCUGUGGAGAAAAGAACAAUGCAACAAUGUCAAGGUAUAGUUUGAUAUGUUUUAAGGAUAAAGUUUGAGAGUACUUUGGUCGUUCAUUGAAGCCAGGAUCUGAAGCUUACUUGUUUUACAGACCUUAAUCUUGGUCUGAAAAUUCUGUGCAGCCUCUGUUUAGGUUUUAAAAAAUACAUACGUUAAUACAUAGGAAGCCCUAGCUUUAUUUAUUUAUGCAUAGAACGUCACCCACCUAACCAUCAUUACAUUAGAAGUAGAGACAUGCGUAAGCAUACAUUACUAGAAGCUUUGCUAAUAGCUCGAAGUAGUCACUCUAAAUGAUGCUUGGAACUUCCGGCAUCUUUCUCAGCUUGCCCUCCAAUGGCCUUUUGGGUGGUGGGCCAGUGGUGGUGGGCAUUCAGUGUCAUCUCCAGGUGAUGGAGGUGGUGUAGGGGUUACAGUUGGAAGUGGGGUUUUGGGUGGUGGUGGUGGGCAGUCUGUGUAAUCUCUAGGUGAUAUAGGUGGAGGGGAUGGGACUGGCAUUCCAACUGGUGGCGGCGGGCGUAGCAAAGGAACUGGGCAUCCCAAAUUGUUGCAUGGUGGACAUACUGCUCUCAGACAUGGCUGGCAUAUUGUACAUGAGGGUAAUACUGGUUCUGGUGGCAGCACUGGUGCCAGUGGUGGCAAUGCUAUUGCAGCAUCAGCCUUAACAGCUGAACACAACCAAAAUGAAGAGCCACCCAACAACAUGGUAAGGUGACAUUUUGAUUUUCUGGAUGCUGUAGCUGUGCGUAUAGAGCUGCAUGUGAAAUCUCAAUUUAUAGAGGGAAAAAAGGGAUUCGGUUAAUUGUUGUUUUCAAUUGUGGUAAAGUGUAGAGGCAGCAAGACCAUCAUAUAUAAUUCAGAAGUGGAAUUUAAUCAGUCAGGUUGUGGCUAUUUAUGCCAAUUUAUUACUACCAUUGAUAACUUUCUGAGCAGGAGAUUCAAAGCCACAUGGUCAACUAUGGAGUAGUUCCCUGAUUUUAGCUUCCAGAGUUUGCUGAUAAAUGGGUUUUCAGUUGACCCACUAAAUUCAAGUAACUUGAAAUUGAAUUAUUAGAAGAAUUGUGAGAGGGUAUGGUAGCUCCAUGUUGGAGGAAGGUAGCAGGAGUUUGUCCCAUGUAGGAAAUGAGCGAGGGCCAAAAAGGGGUUUUUAUUGAAUCCCAAUAUCUAAGCCUUAGAGGCUUGUAGAGAGAGCGUAGCCUCAUGUGCAUGAUUUCAAGCUUAACAUUUCCUGUUGUUUUCUAAACAACAUGCCCGUUUACAAAAUAGGGAGUUGAUCUUCUUCUGUUCUGCAACUUCUAUUUCUCAUUAUUCAAUUGUUUUUUUUUUUGCCUUGGCCCUUGAGUAGUUGUGUAACUGUUCAUGAUUGGAGUGCGCCAUCAUAGAUAGUCAGGUUAUUAAACCUUGUGGGUAGACAACCAUUCUUCCCCUAUUUUGGAAAAUAGAGAGAGUUGAUCUUCUACUGUUCUAAGAUUUCCCUCCUGUAAUAUUUAUUCAUUUUUUUUGAAGGAACGUUCUUGAGUAGUUGUAUUGCUGUUCAUGGUUGGAACGCACCAUCGUAGAGGUAGACCAUUAUUUUUUACCCUAUUGCACCAAGAUAUUAUCUCACUGGGGGCGAGAGUUCUACUUUAAGGGCAAUGAUUACAUCCUUCAGCCAAUUG